AUGGCCGAGAGGAAUGUGACUGGGAUAGUGGAGUUUGUCCUCUUGGGCUUUACAGAAAGUCCUCACCUCCAGCAUGCCCUAUUUGUGCUCUUCUUCCUGAUUUAUCUGAUCACUGUGGUAGGAAACCUGUGGCUUAUCCUAUUAAUUGGCACCAGUUCCCAACUUCACUCCCCCAAAUAUUUUUUCCUUGGUCACUUGGCCUUCUUGGAUUUCUGUUAUUCAUCUGUGUGCAUCCCAAAGUUGCUUGUGAAUCUCUUAACCGAGGGAAAAAUCAUCUCCUAUACCGGCUGCAUCCUUCAGUUCGCCCUCUUCAGCAUGUUCCUGACCACAGAAUGCUUUCUUCUGGCAGCAAUGGCCUAUGACCGGUACAUGGCCAUUUGCAGACCCCUUCGCUACCAAGUCACCAUGACGGCCAGCCUCUGCUUGCGCCUGGUGGCUGGCUCCUACGUAUUUGGCUGUGUGACCUCCCUCACACAUAUGGGCAGUUUGCUCAGUUUUUCCUUCUGUGGCCCCAAUAUCAUUAAUCAUUACUUCUGUGAUACCCCAGUGCUCAUUCAUCUAGCCUGCUCUGAUGUUCAGAGGAAUGAAAUUUUGCUCCUAAUCUUCUCUGGGGUAAUCUCAGUAACCACAUUUCUGAUAGUAAUUAGCUCCUAUUUCAGUAUCUUAAUCACUAUUCUGAAGAUCCCUUGCCCCCAAGGUAGGUAUAAAACAUUCUCCACGUGUGCCUCUCACCUGACAGUGGUCACUCUAUUCUAUGCAACAGUGAUAUUUACUUAUUUGUGCUCCAGCUCUGACCAUCCAUCAGAAUGGGCCAAAAUUGUGUCUGUGUUUUAUACUCUUUUGCUGCCAGUUCUUAAUCUCCUGAUUUAUAGCAUACGGAAUAGGGAGACCAAGGAGGCCCUGAGAAAAAUGGUACAGAGGAAAAUACUUGCCCAAUGA